GCGCAUGCGCAGAAAACUUCAUUCCGUUAGCUGUCAAAGCAGAACGUUCCUACUUUGUUUUCCAUGGAGCUAACUUAGGGAAGAGGGGGAACUACGGAAACUUGUCCAGAGUUUUGAGGAGAGGAAACACUACACAUUUUUUUAAAGUUUGAGUGAAGAAACAUGUCUUUAGCGAACUUUAUAGGGAAUAUUCUUUCUUUGACAACGACAAGGACCGACGUUACUUUCUUUACUCUGAAGUGCUAACGGCUGGUCCUGCCUUGGAAAAAGCAGCAGCAGCCCUGUUCGUGUGUACUAUGCUUUAAGUUUUUAUGUUUUCACUUCAUAAAGACUUUAUAACCCCGAGUAACAUUAAAAUAUGGUAGUUUCGCUGUCGAGUGGCGUUGACUAGAAAGGGGAGGAAAACAGGAAAGUUAGGGCUGGACAGGUAGCAGCCCUCGUUGCGAUGGGCAACCGUGGGAUGGAGGACCUGAUCCCGCUGGUCAACCGGCUCCAGGAAGCUCUGAGCACCGUGGGACAGAGCUGCAGCCUCCACCUGCCGCAGAUCGCCGUGGUGGGCGGCCAGAGCGCGGGUAAGAGCUCCGUGCUGGAAAACUUUGUUGGCAGAGACUUCCUUCCACGGGGUUCAGGAAUUGUCACACGGAGACCGCUGAUCCUUCAGCUCCUAAACUCAAGCGCAGAAUACGGGGAAUUCUUCCACUGCAAGGGAAGGAAGUUCACAGAUUUCGGUGAUAUCCGCAGGGAAAUUGAGUCGGAGACACGCAGACUCACAGGAUCAAAUAAAGGCAUCUCUCCUGUCCCCAUCACCCUCAAGAUUUACUCACCUCAUGUGCUGAACCUGACUCUCGUGGACUUGCCCGGCAUCACCAAAGUACCUGUGGGAGACCAGCCAGCAGACAUAGAGUACCAGAUACGAGACAUAAUCAUGCAGUACAUCUGUAAGGAAAACUGUCUUAUUCUGGCUGUCACGCCCGCUAACACUGACCUGGCCAACUCAGAUGCACUUAAGCUGGCCAAAGACGUCGACCCGCAAGGUCAGCGGACAAUUGGUGUAAUCACAAAGCUGGAUCUGAUGGAUAAAGGAACUGAUGCUAAGGAAAUACUAGAAAACCGGUUGCUCCCCUUACGCAGAGGUUACAUAGGGAUUGUGAACCGCAGCCAGAAGGACAUUGAUGGGAACAAGGACAUCAUGGCAGCCCUGGAAUCAGAGAGAGAUUUCUUUAUGUCCCAUCCAGCCUACAAACACAUUGCUGAACGCAUGGGGACCCCAUAUUUACAAAGGAUACUCAACCAGCAACUGACAAACCACAUCCGGGAAGCGCUGCCGGCCUUUCGCAGCCACCUACAGAGCCAGCUUCUGGCCUUGAAUAGAAAGGCUGAAGAAUACAGGAAGUUCAGUCCAGACGACGCUUCACGCAGGACCAAGACGCUGCUACAGUUGGUUCAGCGUUUGGCUGUUGACUUUGAGAAGCUAAUCGAAGGGUCCGGUGACAAAGUGGACACAGUGACACUCUCUGGAGGCGCUAGGAUCAACCAAAUCUUCCACGAACGCUUCCCCAAUGAGCUGGUCAAGAUUGAGUCUGACGAGAGGAAGCUCCGCCAGGAGAUCAACUAUGCCAUCCGAAACAUACAUGGAGUCAGGACAGGCUUGUUUACACCUGACAUGGCAUUUGAAGCCAUAGUAAAGAAACAAAUAACAAGUCUUAAAGGGCCGUGCAUUAAAUUCAUUGACAUGGUCAGUCAGGAACUGAUUACGACUGUUUACCAGUGUAUUAGCAAGCUCAGCGCCUUUCCCCAACUGCGAGAAGAGACGGAGAGGAUUAUUAUCACUGAAAUCCGAGAGCAGGAAAAUAAAUGCAGAGACCAGGUCUUGUUGCUUAUUGACAUCCAGCUUGCCUACAUAAACACCAAACACGAGGACUUUAUUGGCUUCACUAACUCCCAGCAAGUGAACAGCCAAAGCAAUAUGAACUCUUCAGUACAGAUUGCAAGGAACCAGGGUGUGGUGUUUCGCUCGAAUCGAAUAGUCAUACAAAAGGGCUGGCUCACCAUCAGUAACAUUGGCAUAAUGAAAGGUGGAGCCAAGGAGUUUUGGUUCAUCCUCUCUACAGAGAGCCUAUCCUGGUACAAAGAUGGAGAGGAGAAGGAGAAGAAGUACAUGCUUCCUCUGGACAACUUAAAGCUCAGAGAUGUGGAAAAGGGCUUCAUGUCCAGCAAAUUUGUUUUUGCUAUCUUCAACACGGAGUUAAGAAACGUGUACAAGGACUACAAAUGCUUGGAGUUGGCCUGUAACUCUCAGGAGGAGCUGGACAGCUGGAAGGCAUCUCUGCUGCGGGCCGGAGUCUACCCCGAGAGAGACGCCGCAGAGGAGCAGGAAAACGGAGCUCAGACCUUCACAGACCCUCAGCUGGAGAGGCAGGUGGAGACCAUCCGCAACCUGGUUGACUCCUACAUGAGCAUCAUCUAUAAGACCGUGAGGGAUCUGAUGCCAAAGACCAUUAUGCACCUCAUGAUCAAUAGUGUGAAGGAGUUCAUUAGCUCCGAGCUCCUGGCUCAGCUCUACGCUCUGGGGGAAUGCUCGGCUCUGAUGGAUGAGUCACCGGAGCAGAAGCAACACCGCGAGGAAGUGCUCCGUAAACACUCUGCCCUGAAGGAGGCGCUCACCGUCAUCGGAGAGAUCUCCACCUCUACCUUCACCACCCCGCUUCCUCCACCCGUAGACUCUUCCUGGAUACAGCACCAAAGCUCAACACACCCCAAAAACUCGGCGACCGCUGGCAGGCCGGUGAUCCGGGGCCACGCUCCGCCUGCUCCUAGUGUAAAUCCCUCUGGACCCAACUCUUCCUCAGACGGUCUCCAGCAGCUCACCGGUCAACACAACCGCGUCACGACCAGUGUCCCAAGGAGGCAACCCCCAGCAAUCCCAGGUGUGAAAUAGGUCCGUUCCGCAGAGCUCCCUUCCAGCUCUCGUUGACCACUACCAAGAAACGCCCAUGACCUGCAUGAUGUAUAAUCCGGCUGAAGCACUUUUCCUGGGCUUCUUUCCUUCUCCGCUGGGAACUGAUGUCUGCAAAAUUCACUCCGUCCUGAGCCUGUUUUGUAUAUAAUGUGUCUGCCCAUUAAAAGCUGGAAUGUGUGUGGCUGUCUGCUGAUUCUUCUCAAGUGCCUCAACUAUGUAUUAUAUAAACAAUAUGCUUGAAAUUAUUCUAAUGCAGAAGAAUACAAAUGUAUUGUUCUCACUACUGUUGUUUGUGAAUAAAAAUGAGUUUAUUUUC